AAGAAAUAACUUGACAUAGAUUUUAUACAAAAAAAUAAUUUAGAGCAUUUAGUGAAACAAAAUAAGUUAAAAUUAGAAUUGACAUCUGUUUUAUUGUAGUUUUCCACCUGUUUAAAUAAGUAUUGCUUUAGUAAGAAAGUGCAGUUUUUCUCACCAUCACAUAAAUGAAUGGUGUGACACUGUGCCAGCCUCUUUCAACCUUCUACCAAAACAAGCGCACCAAUAAAAUUGUUUGGGCCGCUGUCACGUGAACGCACUUGUUGGCCUCUGAUUCAAUUAGUAUUAUGUAAAUGCUAAUAUCCUCAGUCUGAAGUAGUUCUGGCAGGGUAGUUUAGUGGGAAGCAAAUGUUGGACACAUGAGCAAAAGACUGUUUCCUGCCUCAUUGUGAAGGACUCAAUGUAUUGGGUUAGCGUUCUUUGCUUGUGGAUGUAUUGCACUGAAAUACAUGGAAGAUGCAGACGUUGUUUUAAUCUGAAGAGUGACACUAUACUAUUGUACGAGGCAAACAUCUGCAGCUUUGCCAUUGGAACGUGGAAGUAACAAAAUCAUUCUAAGAUGAAGAGAUGCUGAGACAACAUUCAUGCAAACCGAUUCUGCCAUAUGUAAUAUUCCCUGCCUGAACUGCUGGAUGGCCCGCAUGCGCUAGUUAACACACUCCAGGAACGGUCUGUGCGAACACCCGAUAUGGAUUAGGAAUACAGUGACUGAUCUACAGUGAUGUCUAUUAUGUUAGAUGCAGUUGUUCCUCUUCAUUCAAAGAAAUAAGCAAGAAAAAACUGCCAAUUGAUCAGCAUCCAAGGAGCCUACGACUUGAGCUGUGCAAGGAAUUAAAAGACUAGCAGAAGAAAAAAAAGGUAUUACUCAUGAGAAAAUGUCAGCAAGCGAGCAAAGUCCUCGGCAUAGUAAAGCCAGGACCAUGCAACAUGCUUCAACGGUUGAUCUGUCUUCGGAUAUGUUAAAUUUAUCUCUGGCAGCUAACAGCCAGGAUCCAGAUGAACCUAUUUUGGAAUUUAGUUUAGCAUGCAGUGAGCUGAUCACUCCUUCCCUGGACCGGAAGCCUAACAGUUUUGUAUCAGUAAGCGUGACGACCCCUCCACAAGCUUUCUGGACAAAGCAUGUGCAAACUGAGAUUAUAGAGGGUACAAGCAAUCCAAUUUUUCUAAGCAGUGUUGCAUUUUUCCAGGAUUCUCUCAUUAAUCAAAUGACACAAAUGAAACUUUCGGUGUAUGAUGUCAAGGAUAGAUCUCAGGGAACUAUGUAUCUGUUGGGUUCUGCAACAUACGUGGUAAAGGAUUUACUGAAGGAAAAGAAUCACAGAUUACACCUUAUGCUACGGUCUGCUGAAAAUGAGCGAGUGGGUAAUAUUACUGUGAUAGCAUGGCAGAUGGAAGACAAAGUUGAAGACAAGAUUCCUGUGAGCAGAUCACCGGAUACCAUAAAUGGAAGGACUAUGUUGCCGGUUGAUGAAAGUUUAACAGAAUCUUUGACCUUUCACUCAAGACACUCUUCUCUGAAGAAAGAUGCACUGUUAAAAUCAGUGUUUGGCGGCGUUAUCUGUCGGAUGUACCGUUUUCCUACAACGGAUGGGAACCACCUGCGGAUUUUGGAGCAGAUGGCAGAGAGCAUGUUAUCACUUCAUGUCCCCAGGCAGUUUGUCAAAUUGGUCAUUGAAGAGGAUGCAGCAAGGAUAUGUGAGUUGGAUGACCUGGGUGAGCUAUCACCCUGUUGGGAGAAUCUUCGACGGCAAAUAGUUACCCAGUACCAAACUCUGAUAAUAAAUUACCAGGAGAACUUAACAGAAUUGCACCAAUAUAAAGGUCCGUCUUUCAAAGCAAGCAGUUUAAAAGCUGCGAAGAAAUUAGAAUUUGUACCCACUAAUUUGCACAUACAACGGAUGCGGGUUCAAGAUGAAUCUGCCGCAGAUCAGACCUAUGACAUUAUUACUAUUGGGGCACCAGCAGCCCACUGCCAAGCCUUCAAAACUGGUGGCUUAAGGAAACUUCUGGUCAAGUUUGUGGAAGCCAAGAAAAACGUUUAUGAGGAGGGUUGUUCUUCAUCUAAUUCCCAGUCUAUAGUAUACAUACCACAAGAUAUAGUAAGAGCUAAAGAAAUUAUAGCGAGUAUUAACACCCUUAAAACACAAGUCAGUUACUAUGCAGAACGGUUAUCGAGAGCAGCCAAGGAGAGAUCUGCAAAUGGCCUUGAAAGAACAUUGGCGAUUUUGGCAGACAAGACGAGACAACUGGUCACCGUUUGUGACUGUAAGUUACUGGCGAAUGCAGUUGAAGCCCUUAAUGCUGCCAGACCCAAUUACAUUGCUUCCAAAUCAUCCCCAUCAGGAGAAACAGACCAAGUGAUGCUCCGGAAUGACCAAGAUACCCUCAUGGCUAAAUGGGCAGGCAGGAACAGCCGCUCUUCCCUGCACAUUAGCUGGCAUGAGGAGGAAUGGGAGAAAGUGUGGCUUAAUGUUGAUAAAAGUUUGGACUGUAUUAUUCAGAGAGUAGACAAACUUCUCCAGAAGGAGCGACUGCGUAGCGGGAGCAGUGAAGAUGUUUUUCACUGUGACACUGCCUCUGCCAGCAAGAAAGAUUGCCACUCUACUCCAGAGGAGCCCUCCGAAGGUGAGUGGAGUGAAGCACUUUAUCCUUUGCUGAUGACACUCACAGACUGUGUAGCCAUGAUGAGUGAUAAAGCAAAGAAAGCAAUGGUUUUUCUCCUGAUGCAAGAUAGCGCCCCUACUAUAGCAAUGGACUUGACCAUCCAGCACCGUAGAGAUGUGGUCUUCUGUCAGACUCUAACAGCCCUUAUCUGUGGGUUUAUCAUUAAACUAAGAAACUGCCUUCGUGAUGAUGGAUAUUUGCGCCAGCUUUACACUAUUGGCUUGUUAGCACAAUUUGAAGGUCUUCUAAGCACAUAUGGGGAGGAACUCGCUAUGCUGGAAGAUAUGAGCACAGGAAUAUCAGAUUUACGGAAUGUAACAUUCAAGGUAAUCCAGGCUAUGUCUACUUCAUCAGUUGACAUGCUGCCGGUUAUUACUGGAAAUCGGGAUGGAUUUAAUGUGCGGAUUCCACUGCCAGGCGCAAUGUUUGAUGCCUUACCUCGGGAAAUACAGAGUGGAAUGUUACUUCGAGUGCAACCUGUGCUAUUUAACGUGGGAAUCAAUGAGCAACAAACACUUGCUGAAAAAUUCGGAGACACCUCCUUGCAAGAAAUGAUUAAUACGGAGAGUUUGGGACGCCUGAAUUCCUACUAUGAACAGUUUAAGGAGGUUCUGCCUGAUGAUUGUCUACCUCGAUCCCGGAGUCAGACAUGUCUGCCUGAACUAUUGAGAUUUCUUGGCCAAAAUGUCCAUGCGAGGAAAAAUAAAAAUGUAGAUAUCCUUUGGCAAGCUGCUGAGAUUUGUCGUAGAUUAAAUGGUGUUCGAUUUACAAGCUGUAAAAGUGCCAAGGACCGGACAGCCAUGUCAAUUACCCUGGAACAGUGCCUGAUCUUGCAGCAUGAGCAUGGCAUGGCUCCCCAAGUCUUCACGCAAGCCCUAGACUGCAUGAGGAGUGAGGGAUGUCGCCGAGAAAACACCAUGAAGAAUGUUGGAUGUCGCAAGUACGCAUUUAACACUCUACAGUUGAAGGCUUUUCCAAAACAUUACAGGCCACCAGAAGGAACCUUUGGAAAAGUCGACAGUUAAAAUUAGGAAAUAAGACCUUAACCAAAUGUGACUCCUGUGAAUGACUACUCGUUUAUAGUGAUAGCUGUGGGGAUUUUUACAUUGAAAUGUGUAUAGUGAACAUAGCUGUCAACCAAAAAGAAGUAGUUCGUUGAACAGUUAAAUGUUUCUUGAAGAUGCAAAUGUUCUGCAAAAUCGCCCAAAUUGGUCUGUUUCCUCUAUAAAUGUAGAGCAUGCUCUUUCGGCUAGUUUAUCAAGAUAUACUAUAAUACACGAUAGAGUAGAUUGUGGGGUUACUAUUUUAAAGCAAUCUGCAUUAAAAAUUAAACAAUUAGAAUGAAACCAGAAUAUGGAAGGUCCUUCCUCUACUCAAUGUUAUCAGUACAGUCUGACUGGAUGGUUAGGGCAUUGUCUGGAGUUGAGUCGAAACUAUUCCAACUGCAUGCUCAUAUCAGACUAGAGACUUGGCUUUAUGUUUUAAAAGAACAAGGGGUGCUUAUUUCGAAGAUGCGCUGAUUUUGGGGGCAGACAGCAAAAUAUUUGUUUGGCCUUCCCAUUUUACUGACAGAUGCAAUGUUGAUGUGGCUUUCCGUUAGACUGCCCGAGUCACAACAAUAACUCCAGCUUUAUAGUAUAUACAUACCUGCUUUUUAUUCAAAGCAGUAGAAGUACAGGAUCAAUAAUCUUUUUGUAGGAAGUGUGUGUUGAACAGUCAGAUAUAGAAACAAGCUUUACUCCUAAAAGCAUUGUGUAUGUAAGACAUGUGAAUGCAGAAAGAGGAAAGGGAGGUUUUCUUUUUAGUAGAGUUACUCCAAUAAUGCAAAAUCUUAAUUGAAUUAAGAAUAUUUGUGAGGAAAGUCAUGGGUGAGAAACUACCAUGCAACUCAUUGGCACUCAUUUCUAUACCUCACCCAGCUUGCUUCACUUUAGCAACAUACGGAUUUGCUUUACAUGUUUUGUCACCAUUCCAGAUACUGUAACCAGAUACCUUUUUACUUGCUGUUGCGCAAAAUGCAUUGCGAUCCAAGUUGCCUAAUCUUGUGCUAACAAACCAUGUUAUCUGGUGUCCUUUUUUACGUGCCCUUGUACAAAAAUGCCAGCUUUGCAUUUUUUUUUAUCGUUGCUUUGCAAUGACAUUGUAUUCUUUUAAUCAUAGCCCCAGUUAAAAAAAAAAAAUCCUAACUGCCAACAAAGGAAUAGAGGUAGUAGACCUCAUUGGAAACUAUUGGAUGAAACAUAUCUUUUGGUCAAAUGAAUGUAUUUCCAUGAACUUGGUUUAUUUUUAACCAAAUCUUCAUGGUUGUCGCACUGCAUUUUUUUUGUUUCCUUGCAUAAGGAAUGUUCUCGACUUCCUUCGAGGUAUGUGGGGUUCUCUAAAUGCACAACAUGGAUGAAUAAAGAGUUGUAAACUUUUUUUUUAAAUAGUUCCGAUAAUUAGUUGUUCCGAUAAUCCAGAAUGCAGUACAUAUCUGCCAGUCUGCUAGCAAUUGUACACUUUCCAAGUGCUUCUGCAGUUUUAUUUGCAAUUAGACAAUAUAUAGGAUUUAAAAGAUUUUUACUUUUAAAUGCACAUACCUGCAUUAAAGCACUUAAGUAAGAGUGGGCUCUUGUACUGUAUGUAACCCCCUCCCCCCCCCCCCCCCCCCCCCCCCCCCCCCCCCCCCC